CCCCCUCCCGCAUGAACUCUAAGGUGGGCGAGAUGUUGCCGGCGGCGGCGCCGCCGCUGGACGACGAGAACCUACUCUCCGAGAUCCUCCUCCGCAUCCCGCCGCUCCCAUCCUCCCUCCCCCGCGCAUCCCUCGUCUGCAAGCGAUGGCGCCGCAUCGUCUCCGACACCCGCUUUCUCCGCCGCUUCCGCCUCCACCACCGCCGCUGCCCUCCCCUCCUCGGUUACUUCAUCCACGACAGGCGAGGCAUCUCCUACGCACCCGCCGUGGAUUCCCCGGAUCGUGUCCCUGCCGGGCGCUUCUCCUUUCAGCUCGACGACAGCCACAGCUUCUGUCUCCUCGGCUGCUGCCAUGGCCUCGCGCUGAUCUUCCUCGCGUCGCGGAAGCAAGUCCUGGUGUGGGACCCCGUCACCAGCGAUCAGCACCGCAUUGCCGUUCCCUCGGUGUUCGACGUGGAUGAAAACCCGAUCCACGGCGCGGUGCUUCGUGCUGCCGGCGAGGUGGGCCACUUCCAGGUGGUCUUGGUAGAGGCUAGCGGAGUCGACGAACAACAUACGCGAAUGGUAGCCUGCGUUUACUCGUCAGAGACCGGCGUAUGGGGUAAUCUCACCUCUACAUCGGUUCAACCCGAGGGUACUUCCUCCUUGUAUUUUACGGGAAUGCCUUCUGUGCUGGUUGGGAGUUCCCUUUACAUGCCGCUUGUUGGUGAUUUUGUUGGAAUUCUCGAGUUUAAUUUGGAGAGGCAUAGCUUAGCUGUGAUACAAGUGCCAGUGGAUAUGUUUGAAAGUGACAUCAACUUCGCGGUUAUGCGGGGAGAUGGUGCCGGGUUGGGUUUAAUAAUUUUGUCAGGCUGCAACGCCCAGUUAUGGAAGAGGGAGACUGAUUUUGAUGGUGUUGCAUCAUGGGGAAUGAGAACGACUAUUGAACUCGACAAGUUACUUUCCCUACAUUCAGAGAAGGAGAGAGGGGCCCUAGCGAUACUGGGGUUUGCAGAGGAAAAUAAUGUGGUGUUCCUGUCGGCAGUUGAUGGUGUCUUCAUGGUCCAGCUUGAACCAUUGCAAUUCAAGAAACUUCAUGUGUCCAGAAACUGGCUUUACCAUUAUCCAUUCGAAAGUGUCUACACUGCAGGUAUCUAGAAUUGCAUUCAGAUUGCUGGGAGGCAGGAAUGGGCUUCUUUGCUGAAGGUUCCUCCAUUUGUAGAGCUUGCACUGGUCAACUGGGAAAUGGACCCGUCGGAGUUAAUCGUUUAAUUUGCCAAACUCUCUCUGUUAUCUAAUUUCUGGACGCAGUUAGCCAACAGCCACUGGGAAGAUAGGACUUGUUUUGAUUAAGUAGUACUUACCGCGUGGUCCAUUUGCUAUAGUGCUAUAUGCUUUCCAAGCAAGCAAGUUGAAGCAAGCUUGCCUGUGAGAUGAUCUCUGCUUACAUUUUUGUGUGUGUUUAUGUGCAUCUUUUUAGUUUUUUUAGGCCAAUCUCGCUCAACUUUAUUGAUCAGUAAUAGAGUUCAUUACAAUGCACCGGAUAUCACCUUUGCUUGCUCCGUUCAAAAAUAUAAUAUGUUCUAACUUUUUUUUGAUUCUGAA